AUCUCGAAGCGAGCGGUACGCAGGCGCGCAGUCGCACACCCGUCAGAUACUCAGAUACCCAGCUACUCAGAGGAAGAUACAGCACCCGUUCAGUGCCGAUUCAGAUACAGUGCGACAAUCUAAACACGCGUUCGAACGCCACAAAUCGAAACGCGGCAACCAGGAGUGAAAAGCCAUAGACAGCGAAACACAUAAAGCGGAGGCAUAAAAAUUCCUCACAUCGUUCGGUGCGCAGCGACGACGAUCGAACGCGGACAAAAAGCCUAAAAUAAAGUCGAGUAGAAUAAAAUAAAAUAAAAUAAAACAAAGCAAGGCGAAGGUGCCCCGAGUGUUGGAGUGGCCGAGGUGCGAGGCAAGAAAUUAAAUUGAUAAAGCCUAAAAAGCGGAGCCUAGGACUUUGUCUGCUCCCCGGGCCCAAACUCACACAAACUUGUCGCGUUCUUGAGCUGCGCGGGCAAUUAUCGGGGCGAAUCGGGAGACCAGGAAGGCUGGGAAUCUGGGAAUUCGAGUGCAAGCCCCCUGCCAGAGGGCCAGAGUGUGUGUGUCCCGUGUACAUAGCGCAUAUAGUGUGUAUAUAGCCGGUGUGGCAAAUAGCUCAGAGCCACGAAAUUGCUUUUAUCGGCGCACCGAAAUCGCCAGGCUGCACAAAUCCAGAAAUUAAAAACAAAAAGAGAAACUGCUCGGCUGAAGGGCAGCCGGCCAGCCCAGCCAGCCCGCAAAAUAUUAACCCGCCGGGCUUACAACGCCAGCAAACAAACAAACAAACGGCCAGCGAAAAUGUAUAAUAAAAAAUUACAGCAAGUGAUCGUGCAGAAAAUAGAUCGAUAAACCCAAACCCAAACCCCAAACCGAACUCAAACCCGAAAAAGCGAAAAAAGCGAAAAAAGCGACGCGGUCCAGCGGAGAGUAUAAAAAUAAAUAAACGAGCGACGAUCAGCGAGCGAUCAAGGAGCCCGAGCAGGAGGAGCACGUCUCUGGGUUUUUGUUUCAAUUUCAAUUGUGGAAAUCGUAGAGGAAAAAUUCGAACCGGUCUCCGACGAGGAGCCAGUCAGCCAGCCCCCGAGAACCACCGAUAUUUAUUAAACAAAGACAGAAAUUAAUUUCACGAUUUUGUAAGGCCCCCUGACAUCCCCCCCAAUUGGAAAUCGCCCGCCCUCCAUGAGCGGCUUGAACUUUGAGCCUGAGGUCUGGGCUGCAACAGGGAACUAGGGAUCGGGAUCUUCGGCUCGCCGGCAAAAUGUACGACAUCAAGCGCCUGGAAGCGGGACAACAGAAACUUCAGCAAGCACAGCAAAUAGUGGGCCUUGACCUGAGCGGCGGCCAUCCCCAGCAGCCGCAACUCACCUGCAGCGUGAUCGCAGCGCCCGCGAACCGGGCUAAUCCCAACGCCGUCCCCAACGCCAGUCCUAAUCCCAGCGAGGCCACCCACAUGACUUUGCUGACGCUGCGCCGGCGCCGUUCGCUGCAGCGACGCGCCUGCCUCCUGAGCAUCCUGGCCGCCUUCGUCUUCGGCAUGGCGCUGGGCGUGGUCGUGCCCAUGUUCGGCCUGCCCCGCCACCUGGACUCCCACUCCGACGCCGACGCCGACUCCCCGCCAGAGCUGAUGCAGAUGGUCGCCGUGGAGCCGCUGAGCAGCUACCGCGUGGAGUUCAUCAAGGAGGCGAACGCCGAGCUGAGUGCCGAGCAGGUGUUCCGCAACGCCUUCCAUCUGGAGCAGGACAAGGAUGCCCCGGACUCGAUGGUGGUGAAGAAGCUGGACACCGACGACGGCACCAUUAAGGAGUUUCAUGUCCAGCGCACGGCCAGCGGAAGGUACCGCAAGGGUCCGGAGAGGCGGCUGUCCAAGAAGGUCGCAGAGAGAUUGGUUACCUCACAGGAGACAGUGUCGCCGUCUCCAAGUGCCGCCAGCCAGCACCAGGCGGGCCUCAUCGAAGACGACGUCUUCUGGGGACCCACUGUGGAGCGCGCUCUGCCCAAGGGAUUCGCCUCGCAGGACCAGCUCGCCUGGGAGCGCUUCGUGGGCGAGCAGGGUCGAGUGGUGCGCCUGGAGCAGGGCUGCGGCCGGAUGCAGAACCGCCUGGUGGUCUUUGCGGACGGAACCAGGGCCUGUGCCCGCUACCGCCAGAACACGGAUCAGAUCCAGGGCGAGAUCUUCAGCUACUACCUGGGCCAACUGCUGAACAUAACCAACCUGGCGCCCAGUGCCGCCACCGUGGUGGACACCAGCACACCCAGUUGGGCCGCCGCCCUGGGCGACAUCACGCAGGCCCAGUGGAAGGAGCGCCGACCGGUGGUGCUGACCCGCUGGCUGGCCGACCUGGAGCCGGCCGGGAUUCCGCAGCCCUUCCAGCCCCUGGAGCGGCACCUCAACAAGCACGACGUCUGGAACCUGACGCGGCACAUGCAACCCGAAGGGCAGGCUCAGGCGCAGGCGCAGACGCAGGGAUUACUCAAGCGGUUGGGGGCUGCCAGCUCGCCCGGCUCCGCUCAUCAAUCAAACGCGAUUGAGGAGACAGGAACAGGAACGGCAACGGCCACGGCAACAGGAACGGCGAUGGCCAGCGGAGCGCUGGUGCAGCGACUAAUUGAAUUGGCACAAUGGUCCGAUUUAAUCGUCUUCGAUUACCUGAUCGCGAACCUCGAUCGCGUGGUUAAUAACCUGUACAACUUCCAAUGGAACGCCGACAUCAUGGCCGCGCCGGCGCACAACCUCGCCCGCCAGUCCGCCUCGCAGCUGCUCGUCUUCCUGGACAACGAGAGCGGCCUGCUGCACGGCUACCGGCUGCUGAAGAAGUACGAGGCGUACCACAGCCUGCUGCUGGACAAUCUGUGCGUCUUCCGGCGGCCCACGAUCGAGGCACUGCGUCGCCUGCGGGCGGCGGGAGCGGGUCGGCGGCUGCGCGACCUCUUCGAGCGGACGACGAGCGCCGGGGUGCGGGACGUGCUGCCGUCGCUGCCGGACAAGUCGGUGAAGAUCCUGGAGGAGCGCAUCGACCGGGUGCUGGGUCAGGUGCAGAAGUGCCAGGGCAGCUAGUGAAUCUAGCCAUCCUGCCCCUCCCAACUCGACUGAUAAGCUGUAAAUACCGGAGCAGCAGUGGGUGCAUCCUCAUCUGGAUCGGGAUGGCAGUAGUCAAGGGGUCAGUGGCCUAGGCGGACCUUUAUCAAGGGAACGGGGGGUCUUAGAACAAUGUUAUCUUACAAUCUCUGUAACCCACUAAAUUAGAGUCUUUGAACACGUAUUCUUAAGGAGCUGUCUGCCCCAGCCACUGGCCCAAAGGAGAUCCGAGUAUUAAGGGGUGAUCCACCAAAAUACCUAACUUGUAAAUGCCAGACUCUAUCCACGAGUAUUAAGCUUACCUAUCCGUAAAUGUAUCUGUAUAAACUAAGCCUAGCUAGCGUUAACAAUGUGUGUGAUAUUUGUCUAAGGAACCAGCCUAAGUAGAUUUCAUUUACCUUUACAACCAAUAAACCACAAAUAUAUACCGAACAAAA